AUGGGCUCCAAUAUUCAAGCCUCACUACUGCACACUCUCCCUCUUGAGCUACGUACGAAGAUCUACAAGGAGCUCCUCAGCCCCGAUCCUGCGCGCGUUUACACACUCUACCAUGAUAGGCAUGGCAGAGAAGCCUCCUUCAACAUCGACCCCACCAUUCUCCGAGUCAACAAGCAAAUAUACUCCGAGGCCAUCUCAGUCCUCUACGACACCAUUAGUGUCCGAAUCCAUCUUGCCACGCCAGUUGUAAGGCAAUGCACGCUCGGCACAUACCCUGACAGACUCGUUGACCCCCCCAGCCUUUUCCGCGAAGAUACUGAAGCGACUGUCGAGAGUGCGAACAAAUUGUCACGGCGGAGUCGAAAUCGAAGCUUAGAAUUCGAAGCGCUAUUUGGAUCUAUGGCUCAAGGCUAUAUCUACCCACAUUGCUUCCAACGCCUGCGCAAAAUACACUUGGUGACUUCGCGCCAUGCGAUUUGGGGCGCUACCAGGGGCGGCAGCUACUUCUCACACGCUGGAAAGCUAGUAUUGCGUAUCCUUAGGCUCUUAGCAAAUGAACAAGACUCAAAUGCACCCAUGAUCAAGCACUUCAGAUUGACCUAUCAACCAAGCUGGCGCACCUUCGAGUCUCAGAUGCUGCUGGGAGAUGGGGAGAUGGACAAGAGGACAAAGGCGAUCGUUGGGUUACUGAAGGCGCUGAAGAGGAGGACCGAUGCUGAGAUCGUGGUUGAAGAAGGGGCACUUACAAAGACACUAGGAGAAUUGGAGAUGGAGUUGUUGGAUGAUACUGAUGAUGAACUGUGA